AUGAGCUUGUCGGCAGUAUCAUGGACACGUCGGGUGAUAGAGAGCUUGCUGGUGCCCGGAUAUUACAAUUCAAUAUGGCGGCCAGCGAAUUUCAAAAUCUUUGAUAUCGUUUUAUUCGAAAACUACAGUUAUAGGGGUACAUUAAAAGGCACAAUGUUUGGAAGCAAAAAGAAGAAACGGCCAGAGAUAUCCUUGCCUCAAGACUUUGAACAUAGAGUCCACACAGGGUUUGACUCUAAUUCACAUAAAUAUGUUGGCCUACCUCCACAGUGGGCCAGUGUUGUGGAGGCUGAUACCACAAGACGUAAACCAAUGGUAGAUCCUGCUUAUGUCACACCUGUAGCACUACAAGGACAGGACAAGCAAAUUAUACGUGGUACCUCUACAUCAUCUAUGAAUGGUGGAUUUGAAGAUCCCCGUAGUAUGACAGUCGCCAGAUCAAACUCCUUACGGUCCAGUCCCCCAACACAACACAGAAUGCGCAAAGAAAUGUCACCAAAUAUGCCGUCUUUAGACGAACAUGAAGUGUCACAAAAUAGACCCCCAUCAGGGUUUGGUCAGGAUCCUAAUAGAAAUGAUUCUUACAGACAGGACCCUCAACGUAGGGAUAUGGACAAUUACAAUAAUGAUCCUUACUCCAGAGGAGAUUCAAGGAUUGAUCAAAGGAUGGAUCCCCAUGAUCCAAGACAACAGCACAGAGAUCCAAGAGAUCAAAUGAGACAAGAUCCAAGACAGGAUCCCCGAAUAGACAGACAGGAUCAAAGGAUGGAUCCGAGACAGGAUCCAAGAAAUGAUCCUAGAAAUAUCCCUCGUGAUCCACGUGAUCCUAGAGGUCAUCAAGCUGAUCCUAGAUUCAAUCAAAGCUACAAUUCUCUUCCAAGGGAUCAUAAUCGUCCCCAAGAGCGUCACACUGACCCCCGUUAUAAUACAGCCCCCAGGGAUCUUCACCCCCAUGACCCUAGAAGUGGACCUCAAAGCUCUAACCUCCCUCCCAAUCAACAAGGACCACGUAGCCCCAGGGAAGGCUACCCAUACCCCAUUCCAGGGGGACCAAACGUAAAUGGCAACAAUCCAAAUAUGUCAACCCUAGAGCGCCAACGACAACCUCCCCGCUCCCCACAUGACAUGCCAGAUGGGGGCCAGAGAUUCCCUGAAGGGGCACGUUACCCAGCCUCCCAGCAAUAUGAUAGGGGACCACCUCGUUCCCCAGGAGACCAUGGCCCCCAACAAAGCCCUCACAUGCAGGGGCCUCCACAACAAAGCCCUCACCUACAAGAGCCCCCACAUUCACCUUCAUCACAAACAAAUACCAAGGGCCCUUACCCCGAACAACAAAGUCGACUGUCCCAUGAACAGUUUCGAGCUGCCCUCCAGAUGGUAGUCAGCCCAGGAGAUCCUCGAGCCAUGUAUGAAAAGUUUGUUAAGAUAGGGGAAGGCUCUACAGGGACUGUGUGGAUAGCUCAUGAUAAACAAACAGCUAAACAAGUCGCUGUGAAGAAAAUGGAUCUGCGUAAACAGCAACGAAGGGAGCUGCUCUUUAAUGAGGUUGUAAUAAUGCGAGACUACCACCACCCUAACAUAGUGGACAUGUUUGACAGUUACCUGGUGAAGGAUGAACUCUGGGUGGUAAUGGAAUUCUUGGAAGGAGGAGCACUCACAGACAUUGUCACACAUUCAAGAAUGGAUGAACAGCAGAUUGCUACAGUAUGUAAAUCUGUGCUGAAGUCUCUAGCUUUCUUGCACUCACAUGGUGUUAUACACAGAGACAUCAAGUCAGACUCUAUACUCCUGGCACAAGACGGAAAGGUUAAAUUAUCUGACUUUGGGUUCUGUGCCCAAGUCUCAGCUGAACUACCCAAGAGGAAAUCUUUGGUUGGCACCCCCUACUGGAUGGCUCCUGAGGUCAUCUCAAGGCUCCCAUAUGGACCAGAGGUUGAUGUGUGGUCACUUGGAAUCAUGGUGAUUGAGAUGGUGGAUGGUGAACCCCCAUUCUUUAAUGAGCCACCCCUGCAAGCCAUGAGACGCAUACGUGAUAUGCCACCCCCUAAACUCAAAAAUACUCAUCGGGUGUCUCCACGGUUACAAGGUUUCAUAGACAAGAUGCUAGUUCGUGAACCAUCAUCCCGAGCCACAGCAUUUGAGCUGCUGCAACAUCCAUUCUUACGUCAGGCUGGACCUUCCACGUGCCUUGUAUCACUUAUGAGGAACUUUAACCACAGUCAAUGCUAGACUAAAUGAUUACACUGCUAGGUUGUAUGACUGUAUGACAUAGGUAUUAAGUAGUUGGACAACAGAGUUAGGCUGUAUGACAUCAGCACUAAGUGGUUUGCUAUCAGUGUCUGGCUGUAUGACAUAGCUUCUAGGCUGUAGAUUGUUCUUAUACCAGAGGUCAGAGUAUGUCCUUGUUAAUAUGGCAUAAGUAUUUGGCUGAUGACGACGUCACUCCAUCUUCAGGUCACACACAAUUUAUUGAACAUCUGUAUCACUGUUGAACAAGAAACCAAUGAACAAGACGUUACAAGAGUUGCCAAUUUUGUUCACUUUUUGAACUGAUUAAUAGUACAGGGUUUGCCUGAUCAAUGCUUAUUCAAUCAUUUUGUCUGAUAAUGUCUUGGAUGAGGAGACACUUUAAUUAAAUGCAGAUUGCAUUGUGGAGUAGGAGCAGUUGUGCUUUCUAUGUGUCGGUCGGUGUGUUCAGUCAGGAAUACAGUUGCUUAUCUCAACAACAAGGAGAUAACAAAUGUCAGGAGAUCACUGAUGCAAAACUGCUUGACAUGAGAACACUGUUGUAUGUAAAAAUUUCAUGAAAUUAAGAUGAAAUUUAAAAUGAUCAAAAAUAAUGAAAUCACAGUUACUAAGAUUGAUCAUGUAUUAAAGGAGAACAAGGUCGCUCACAACUCUAGUGUUAUGGGGAUAAACUACCAGGAGUACACUGUUGCUCACUUAUAGCACUUAAAAAUAUGUGUGUAAUGUUACUAUGAUAUCACAAGUUAUACUUUCAAUAGGAUGCAUUGAUUUGUCAAAUGCCUAUUGAAUGGCACUUUUCAUUCAUCUCAAUGGGAAGUCACAUGAGUAAUGAAAAUUGAGAUUAAGCCACAAGAUCACAGGUGUUCAUGUGUUUUAUAUCUUCACUAAUGUAGAUAAUUUUAGUUGAUCAUCAUAUCCUUUAUGUAUUAUAUGUAUUAUUAGUAUCUAUACAUUAUAUAAAAUGAUAUUGGCCUCAUGCUGUCAAAUUCAGUUAUGUUAAAAUUGUACAUAAUUUAAAUUGAAUAUUAUAGAAAUAUCUGUGCAAUUACAUGUGCACUUUAAUACUCUAUGUUAACCCCUUCUGUAUGGCAUUGAAAUAAUUAUUUUGAAAAAAUGAAUUUGGACCUUUGGUAAUGUGUAUUGUCAUGGAAUGUCUCUACUCUACAUCCCUUUGUGUAAGUUUGAAAUGAGAGUUUGAAUAUUUUGCAUGGCUAUGUUAGUAUUGUUCCUUCCACUAGCUCAACGUUAGCUUGAGGAAAACGAUUCUUGGGGAGUGAGAUCACAAUGUCAGUCCAUAUUAAACAGUUUCAAAAUCCCAUCAUGUAUGAAUAAUUGUUAUAAACAUAAUCGUAUAAUUAUCUAUUCUUAAUUGAUUUCGACAGACCUCUCACCCAUAGAUUUGACUGUAAACAAGUUAAAUUAAUAUUAUUAGUACUAUUAUAUUUUGCAUUGUUAUUGUUAUGAACUUUCACUUCACUUUUAUAUGACUAUGUCAACAUUUGACUUGACAAAAUUAAGGAAUUACUGCUGAUUUUUAAGUGUGUAUGUGUUUGAAGAAUAUCAGAUAUAUAGUACAGAAGACUUUGGGAAAUAAUGUAGAUAACAUUUCGAAGAACACUUUUCUUAGUUUUUGCAAUAGUAGACUGUGGUGUAUAGGUGUAUGAUGUAAAAAAUCGUUUUUAGAAGAACAUUUUUUCUUGAGAUUUGCUAUGAACUGAUGAAACAAUAUGUAUUUUUUGAAAUGUUUUUAAAAAGUGAAAUGUUUCCAAAACAGAUUAAAGGACAGUCUGACAGUUGUACAAGUGUGAUAGAAAAACUAUGCUGGAUGUAUACAUUUCCUCAAUUAUACCAUAUUUUAUGCUAUCUGUAAAAUAUGUUAUAUACAGUUGCCUAACUGCCUAACAUCCUAAUAGGCUCAUGUAUUACAUGUCCAAAUUAAUAUUGGGCUAUAAUGGCACAUCUAUUUUCAAUUUGAAGUACAUGUAGUACCAUUUCCUAUAUCAUAUACUAUAUUAAUGUUUUUCCUUUGUUGAAGAUGUCCUGUACAUAUUAACCAUGAAUAAAGAGAAAGCGCACCACUUGUUAACAGUGUGGUGAACAUGUCUUGUAUAUAAACAUUCAAUCAUAACAUUGUACAAAAUUGCAUUUUAGUCCAUAGUAAUUAUAUACAUAUAACAUUUUGUAUUUUAGUUUAUAUCUGGUUAAGAUGCACAAAGAUUUCACUUAUAUCAGUAUAUCUGUUCAUCUAUCAUCAUGUAUUUUUGAAUAUUGCCCUUCGAUAAAAAUGCUGUACCAAGGUCUCAAAGAUAAUUUGUUUAUAUUUGCUGAAAUGUUUUUUUCACAACCUCUAAUAUAAAAUGUAACAGUGUGUGCACAAUUGUUUUCACUGAAUUUGUGGUAGGUUUUGGUGUAAUUGUUUCUGUAAUCAAUAUUUUGUACAGCAUUUUUGACUAUGUAUCCAUUAACAUUGUACCUUAUGUCAAUUACUUGCAAUAAUAAUAUUAUAUAAAUGAAUAAAUG